AUGGCCAAAUUCGAUGAUGAAUUUGAGCUCAAAAAUGGUUACUUCAAGAUCAACAACUCUAGUAAUAGUUCGAGAUCCCCGUCCUGGUUUGGCACUAGUAGUAGUGAUUGUAAGGCUACCUGUUGGCAAAAUUGUGAUUGCCUUGGAUUUGACGUUCCUCUUGUUAAUGGGACUAGCACCGGGUGCCGAUUCUGGAGUGUAGACUGUCAAUUCUUUGAAGACCUCACUGCAAGUUACAGUUUUGUCUUGUCAGGACAAGCAACACCAGUAAAACCACCAUCUGCCAAAAAAAAUGGACAUAAGUGGUUGUGGGUUGGCAUUGCUAUUGCUGCUGCAGUACUUGUAGUGGUGUUCUGCAUCUAUAUGCUAAGAAGAAGAAUAGUUUCAGGCAAGAACAGAGCAAAUAUACAGGACAAAAUGCUUAGCUUCUUGAAACAUUCCAACAGACCUACUGAUGAAGAAAAUAUGGGACAGCAUGAUUUAAACAUAUUUACCUAUGAAUCUGUUUUGGCUGCCACUUGCAACUUCUCUCAAGAAAACAAGCUCGGAGAAGGGGGAUUUGGACCUGUUUAUAAGGGAAAAUUAGCGAAUGGAAGAGAAAUAGCCGUGAAGAGGCUUUCAAAAUGUUCCGGACAAGGAACAGGUGUGCUACUAGAUUGGAAGAAGCGUUUCAAUAUAAUUGAAGGAAUCGCUCAGGGAUUGCUUUACUUGCACAAGUACUCGAGAACGCGAGUAAUUCAUAGAGAUUUAAAAGCUAGUAACAUACUACUUGAUGAAAAUAUGAACCCUAAAAUUUCCGAUUUCGGUAUGGCAAGAAUUUUCUCCCACGAUGAAUUGGAAGAAAACACCAGCAGGAUUGUCGGGACACGUGGUUACAUGCCUCCUGAGUCUGUGGAGGGAAUUGUUUCUGUAAAAUCUGAUGUCUACAGCUUUGGGGUGUUGAUGCUUGAAAUCAUAAGCGGGAGGAAAAACAACAGCUUCUACAAUGAUGACCGCGCACUCAAUUUAGUAGGAUAUGCAUGGGAGUUAUGGAAACAAGGUUCAGGGCUAGAAUUAAUGGAUCAAAUGGUAGAGGAAGAUGCAGCCGAUCGGCCUACCAUGUCAGAUGUGAUUUCUAUGUUGACAAAUGAAAACCCACCAUUAGCCUUACCUACAAAGCCAGCAUUUUUUGUUGGGAGGAAAUUGGUGGAAGCUGGUAUAGGUGAAAAGCAACAUGAAAUUACAUCAGUGAAUGACUUGUCCAUUUCCAAUUUUGAUGCACGUUAA